UUUUUUGUGCGGUGACGUAAUAGGCCUGUAUCCGGCGAAAGCCUCGGAUUCAGAGGUUUGAGCUGGCCUAAUCGCCUCUCCUGCUGAGGAAGAGCAUGAGCUGGAUAAAGGGUACCCGGGGCCGAAGCCUCGGGGUGAGAAAGGGGCAGCGGCAAGAGUCAGGAAGGCAGAGGAGGUGAGAGACACCCCUGCCCAGCGAGAGACGCGGUCUGUGGUACUGUGCUACAGAGGGGAACUAAGACUACAAAAAACCUCUGGCAGUGAGCAGAUUGAUAUAAGCUCUUCAUACCCUGUGGCCUCAUUCCUACUACCUGCUCACAAGGACCGUCUUCUCAAACGGAUUUCACUCCUUGCUUAGAGUCUCGGUUAAGCCGGGAGACUACACAAGCCAAAUGUUGCCAGACAGCAGGAAGAGACGUCGGAACUGCAAUGAUGUAUCUCAGCUCCCUCAGUCCAAAAGGAGCACAAGAAGUUCUGAAAUCCUGGAGUGGGAGACAGAGUCUUCAGGAAGUGACAGCAGCAACAGCAAUAUCAGCCUGGAUAGAAGCAGUGGGUCAGAAAAUCUACAGUGUGUGGCAGGAUCCGGACCUUCUACUCCUCAGCCUAUCUCCGUCCCAGAACAGUCUGCCCUUAACCGAGGACUUUAUGUCCACAUUAAUCAGAUUCUGAAGGAAGCACAUUUUGCCAGUUUACAGCAGCGAGGCUCCUCUUCAUCCUGACCAGCAAAGUUUGUAGCUUGACUUGUGUGGACUGACUAUGCGUGUUCAAUGCUGUUACAGCCUCAAAAAUGUUUAUAAACAAUCAGUUGCCUGUUGGCGUAUCAAUCAUCUGUUUUUGAAUAAUGGCAUACAGGUAAAGACAUACUUCGCCCAAAAGGGUUUUCUGUUUGGUAAAUAUGGCUGAAAGACCAUUUUAUGUGUGUUUUGGGUAGGGGGAUUGCAGUGUGUAAUAGGAGGGGAAAAAAAAAUCAGCAGGCUAGUUUUUGAAGAGUUAAGUCUAACAUCCUAUUCUGACUCUGUAUAUUUUGUAAUGUUUUAUUUUGGGGGGGGAAACCAAUAAAACAGCACUUGGGUAAUGUAUAUUUUAGCACUGACCCAGCUUUUUCAGCUGGAAAAGGGAAAAAUGAUUUUUCUUUUCUUGGCUUCUGGGAGCUUCCACAGCAAAAUAGUAUUUUUUUUUUUUUUUGCCGAUCUGGAAGAUAAUGGGUUAAACACACCAUUAUCCCCACUACUUGUAUUAAUUCCAAGAAGCAGUACAGCUAAAGUGCUUAUGAGUUUGAUGCUUAAUAUUUACUAUGUAAUAAAGCAGUAAUAUGGCUACUGCUCUUAAAGUUUUAAGUUCAUGAUUAAACCAUAGUUUUGUGUGUGAAAAAGGGUCCUUGUUCAAUAUAUCAAUUAACUUGUGUUUAAUGAAGGCUUUGGCAAACUGUAUAUAAUAUCCAAAGGCUUAAAACUGUCACUUUUUUUUCCAGCCAGAAGUUAUGGGUCCAUUAUGUUAGUCAUUGGCCAACAGAAAGGUUGACCUCAAAGCCUUUAUUUCCCUUAACAUUACAACUUUAGUAGUACUUGCUGUUGAGGGGAAAUGGGAAUUACAUUGUAUCAAAGUAAAGGCACUUCUGUCAAGGUUAAGAAGCUAACUGAAAAGGACAAUGUCUUAAGAUCGCUAUGAAAGUUUGUUUUAUCAGAAAACAGCUUUUGUACCUAAAAAGAAGUAGAAAUCAAGGUCACGCAUGGACAACAGAAACUGGAAUUUAUUGCACAAUAAAAUUUUUCAUUUGCUCCAAAAAAAA